CGCGGCGCUCACCCCUCCAGCCCCCGCACUCCACACUUCACCCUCACAGCUGUGGCCGGUAGCAAGUUAGUACCGGAGCUGGAAGGCUAUUCCCCAAUAAAGUGUAGUUUCAUUCAUAUUUGUUUACAAGUUUUGGCUGCAGACUUCAUUCGAUCAAACACUUUAUUCGAAGCCGUCAUAUUCCGUUAAUAGUUGGAGUUGGUGGAAACCUGGGCCCACCGACUCCGGAGGCUCCGAAGUGCUCGCACAACUCCCAAGAAGUUUAACCAUGGCUGCUGAACGCCAUGCUAGCAUGCCCCUGCUGCUCCUCGCUGAGCAGACAGUCGAUGGCGCGAGCCUGAAAAAGUCAUCGGAGACCACCCGCACCCACCUGGCUAAGCUGGAAACGAAGGACAAGCGCGUCUCUUUCGUGCCGGUGAUGGAGAGGAAAAUAGAAAAGGACGCGGGCUCCGCGUGCGAGUGCCUCUCACUUGAUCUGUUCUGCUCACAUACAGAUGCAAAUUCGCUCAUGAUUCAGUGCAAGAUGACUGUUGAAGACUACGACUUGAAAUCAACCAAAAUCACCAACCAAACAAUUAAAGAGGAAAGCUUUGUUCUGAAAGAUAGUGGCCAUAAUGCUGGAGUGGUGUCCCUAAAGACGAACUCAUUACACAAUAAGAAGGUGACCGUCCUCUUCAUGGUGUACUCCAUCUCGGCUCCGCACCCCGCGACUGGCGCCGGCCUCCACCUCAACCGCGCGCGCUCGGAGGGCACCUUAUGCGACGUGAAGCUGCUGGUCGACGGCGUGGAGCUGCCGGCGCACCGCGCGGUGCUGGCCGUUCGCAGCGCGGUGCUGAACAGGAUGCUGACGGGGACGGGCGACUUCAAGGAGGCCCGCGAGGGCCGCGUCGAGCUGGUGGACACGUCGGCGGCGGCGGUCGAGAAGUUCCUCGAGUUUCUCUACACGGACCGCAUCGAGGUAUGGCAUGACAGCGAGCUGGAUCUGCUGCACCUCGCCGAGAAGUACAUGGUGCCUGAGCUGCGCACCGAGUGCUGCUUGAGGCUGUGGAGCUGUGAGCCUCCCCGGGCCCUGAGUCUGCUGAACGCCACCGCCCUUGCCACCGGAACCACCAUCAGCAGCGCGCUGCGCCAACGGCUCACGACCAUCGUGGCCAACAACUUGCAGACCCUGACGAGCACCAAGGAGUGGGCCGAUUUUAAAGCUGCGUACCCAGUCAUCGUCGACACCAUGCUUGGCGCCUCCCGGGCCCAAACCCGCACGUCGACGCUGUCAGUCUGGGAAUAACAUGGAAAGUGAGAGCCCUGAGUCACAGUACAAGAUAAAUUAAUGUGUGGAGUUAGGAUUUUGAUUUGUAUGAUGUUGUAUUUAGCCGCUUUUUAUUUUUUGAGCCCUGUUUCUAAUCCGCCGUUUUUCAUCGGCCAUACAUUUUAAUGUUAGUGUUUCCAAAGAUUUGUAUUAUUUUUUGUCUCUGCCUCGGCGUCAACACGAUCGGAUCUGUUCCUGUUUGUUUUGCCUGCUUUUAUUGAUUUUGAUUGACCCUGUUAAAUAAAGCAAUAGUGUUCUGUAUUCGCA